AGAGGUUGCAGUGAGCUGGGGUCAGGCCACUGCACUCCAGCCUAGGCAACAGAGCAAGAUUCCACCUUAAAAAAAAAAAUUACUUCAGUCAGAGUUCCACCUCCUCUGCUCCCAGUAACUCAAUCAACAUUGUUAACCAGCUGAAAACACCUCAAGCCUAGUUGGUUAAGUUUCUAGAACAGGGUGCCGCCUCAAACACACCCUAAGGAUCAACAUGUUCCUGGGGUGUAAUGCAUGUGUGUGUUUUCCAAGAGACUCAUGAUGCCUAUUCUUGAGCUUGCUUAAUAUUGGGGUUGAGUUGUAACUCGUUAGCCUUAGGGUGUCAAUCCAGCUAGGCUGUCUGAGGAAGGAAGAAGGCUCUUUAACAGCAAUGAAUAGGUUUUUUUUUUUUUUUUUUUUGCUGAUUGGGUAGGGUUUCAAUAUACUUGAAUGCUUCUUAAUUACCUCCCCAUCUCAAUCUUGGGACAUUAUCUUCCUCUUUCCAGCACAAGGAAUUAAAUAAUAAUCUUCUGAUACCCCAGCACAGAUAUAGGAAGGGUCUAUGAAUCAAAUAAAAGGAGGAAGAAUCCCUGCACUUUUGCAUACAGGUUUUUCCUAUUACAUUUAAGAGUAAGUUCUCAGUACUCAGCUCCUAAAGCAUCUCACAGCCAGCAGGGGAAAAUCCAUCUGACAGCUGGCCAAACGAAACCAACAAAGAAUGAAGAGAGAGGGUAGGGUCUCUUCUGGCUUGAAUUUAUAGUGCUCUGUUGACCGAUCUUUCUUCUCUUUUCCUUCUUACUGUUUUCUAAACCGUUUAGGGAAAAACCUUUGAAAAUAUUUUUUAAAAUUGUUCCUUCAAACAGGUGUGUGGCCAUCUCUCCACUGAAAAUUCGGAUAUAAACAAGAGGACUUUCUCACUUUUAACCAGAUUUAUGGAUGUACAUUUGAUUUAGUGAGUUGGGAGAGGGGAUGGAGACAAGAAAGAGUGAACAUAACUGGAAAAAAGUGAAAAGAGUGAAGCAUCCUUUUUUUCCCCCUUUUCCUUUUCCUCCAGAAGCAGGUAGGAAGUGGGAGAUAAUGAGCGCCUGGACACACCUCACUAAAGACGUAAUGAGGUAAAUGGGGAACAUAGACAAAGUGUUCCCCAACUUUGCAGGUAGAAAUUGAAGAGAUGACAGGAUAAGCAACAGGAUGUAAACACGCCCGUCCUAUUUCCGUUCCACAGAACAGAGAGAACAGAAGAGAGGGUACAAGCUGGGGGUGGGUGACGAACAGCACAGGCACGCAGCCGCCAGCCCUAGCCCCAAGGGAUUGGAACGGGAAGGACAAGACAUCAGUCCUACACACGCAAUGAGGCCUGAAAGUUCUCCUUUCCCUCAGAGACGGUGGUGUUUUUUAUACUUAAUAGGGAUGCGGGGCAAGAGAAGGACAAAGGGCUGUUCCUGAACAGUAACACCAAGCAUUCUGCGCUCCACAGCCCCAAACCUGAAAGUAUUCUUGGAGCUAUGGGAUUUUCACACACUUGCUAUUUAUGAGCCAGGAAUAAAGACAGGCUCUAAAGUAACUGCACUGGCUAAGACUAGGCAUGAAAUUCCCUCAUAAGCACAUUUUCCUUUUACCUCAAAACACCGCUCUCAGACCAGAAACGUCCACACCCGCCUUCCGAUGGCCUGUCGCCCUGGCUAGGUUUUAGGGUCAGUGGGAUCCUCCUUCCACUGGACCCGGGAGAAGACGCUCAACAGCCCCCUCCUUCCUCUCCUUCCCCCCUCCCUGCGCCGCUCCAGAGAGCAACAACCAUUUUCCCCGCCAGGAGCACACCGUGUCCACGCGCCACAGCGAUCUCACUGAUUGGUCGGGCUCCUGGUAAACAAGGACCGGGCAGCCAAUGGGAGGGAUGUGCACGAGGGCAGCACGAGCCUCCGGGCCAGCGCUCGCGUGGCUCUUCUGGCCCGGGCUACUAUAUAGAGACGUUUCCGCCUCCUGCUUGAAACUAACCUCUCUUUUUCUCCAAAGGAGUGUUUGUGGAGAUCGGAUCUUUUCUCCAGCAAUUGGGGGAAAGAAGGUUUUUUUCUGAAUUCGCUUAGUGUAACCAGCGGCGUAUAUUUUUUAGGCGCCUUUUCGAAAACCUAGUAGUUAAUAUUCAUUUGUUUAAAUCUUAUUUUAUUUUUAAGCUCAAACUGCUUAAGAAUACCUUAAUUCCUUGGAGUGAAAUAAUUUUUUGCAAAGGAGUUUCCUCGAUUUGGAGCUUUUUUUUUUUCUUCCACCGUCAUUUCUAACUCUUAAACCAACUCAGUUCCAUCAUGGUGAUGUUCAAGAAGAUCAAGUCUUUUGAGGUGGUCUUUAACGACCCUGAAAAGGUGUACGGCAGUGGCGAGAAGGUGGCUGGCCGGGUGAUAGUGGAGGUGUGUGAAGUUACUCGUGUCAAAGCCGUUAGGAUCCUGGCUUGCGGGGUGGCUAAAGUGCUUUGGAUGCAGGGAUCCCAGCAGUGCAAACAGACUUCGGAGUACCUGCGCUAUGAAGACACGCUUCUUCUGGAAGACCAGCCAACAGGUGAGAGUGAGAUGGUGAUCAUGAGACCUGGAAACAAAUAUGAGUACAAGUUCGGCUUUGAGCUUCCUCAGGGGCCUCUGGGAACAUCCUUCAAAGGAAAAUAUGGGUGUGUAGACUACUGGGUGAAGGCUUUUCUUGACCGCCCGAGCCAGCCAACUCAAGAGACAAAGAAAAACUUCGAAGUAGUGGAUCUGGUGGAUGUCAAUACCCCUGAUUUAAUGGCACCUGUGUCUGCUAAAAAGGAAAAGAAAGUUUCCUGCAUGUUCAUUCCUGAUGGGCGGGUGUCUGUCUCUGCUCGAAUUGACAGAAAAGGAUUCUGUGAAGGUGAUGAGAUUUCCAUCCAUGCUGACUUCGAGAAUACAUGUUCCCGAAUUGUGGUCCCCAAAGCUGCCAUUGUGGCCCGCCACACUUACCUUGCCAAUGGCCAGACCAAGGUGCUGACUCAGAAGUUGUCAUCAGUCAGAGGCAAUCAUAUUAUCUCAGGGACAUGCGCAUCAUGGCGUGGCAAGAGCCUUCGGGUGCAGAAGAUCAGGCCUUCUAUCCUGGGCUGCAACAUCCUUCGAGUUGAAUAUUCCUUACUGAUCUAUGUUAGCGUUCCUGGAUCCAAGAAGGUCAUCCUUGACCUGCCCCUGGUAAUUGGCAGCAGAUCAGGUCUAAGCAGCAGAACAUCCAGCAUGGCCAGCCGAACCAGCUCUGAGAUGAGUUGGGUAGAUCUGAACAUCCCUGAUACCCCAGAAGCUCCUCCCUGCUAUAUGGAUGUCAUUCCUGAAGAUCACCGAUUGGAGAGCCCAACCACUCCUCUGCUAGAUGACAUGGAUGGCUCUCAAGACAGCCCUAUCUUUAUGUAUGCCCCUGAGUUCAAGUUCAUGCCACCACCGACUUAUACUGAGGUGGAUCCCUGCAUCCUCAACAACAAUGUGCAGUGAGCAUGUGGAAGAAAAGAAGCAGCUUUACCUACUUGUUUCUUUUUGUUUCUCUUCCUGGACACUCACUUUUUCAGAGACUCAACAGUCUCUGCAAUGGAGUGUGGGUCCACCUUAGCCUCUGACUUCCUAAUGUAGGAGGUGGUCAGCAGGCAAUCUCCUGGGCCUUAAAGGAUGCGGACUCAUCCUCAGCCAGCGCCCAUGUUGUGAUACAGGGGUGUUUGUUGGAUGGGUUUAAAAAUAACUAGAAAAACUCAGGCCCAUCCAUUUUCUCACAUCUCCUUGAAAAUUGAGGCCUUUUCGAUAGUUUCGGGUCAGGUAAAAAUGGCCUCCUGGCAUAAGCUUUUCAAGGUUUUUUGGAGGCUUUUUGUAAAUUGUGAUAAGAACUUUGGACCUUGAACUUAUGUAACAUGUGGAGAAGAGCCAAUUUAACAAACUAGGAAGAUGAAAAGGGAAAUUGUGGCCAAAACUUUGGGAAAAGGAGGUUCUUAAAAUCAGUGUUUCCCCUUUGUGCACUUCUAGAAGAAAAAAAAGAAAAACCUUCUAGAGCUGAUUUGAUGGACAAUGGAGAGAGCUUUCCCUGUGAUUAUAAAAAAGGAAGCUAGCUGCUCUACGGUCAUCUUUGCUUAGAGUAUACUUUAACCUGGCUUUUAAAGCAGUAGUAACUGUGCCCUACCAAAGGUCUUAAAAGCCAUUUUUGGAGCCUAUUGCACUGUGUUCUCCUACUGCAAAUAUUUUCAUAUGGGAGGAUGGUUUUCUCUUCAUGUAAGUCCUUGGAAUUGAUUCUAAGGUGAUGUUCUUAGCACUUUAAUUCCUGUCAAAUUUUUUGUUCUCCCCUUCUGCCAUCUUAAAUGUAAGCUGAAACUGGUCUACUGUGUCUCUAGGGUUAAGCCCAAAGACAAAAAAAAUUUUACUACUUUUGAGAUUGCCUCAAUGUACAGAAUUAUAUAAUUCUAAUGCUUAAAUCAUGUGAAAGGGUUGCUGCUGUCAGCCUUGCCCACUGUGACUUCUCCAAACCCAAGGAGGAACUCUCGAUCAAGAUGCCCAACCCUGUGAUCAGAACCUCCAAAUACUGCCAUGAGAAACUAGAGGGCAGGUCUUCAUAAAAGCCCUUUGAACCCCCUUCCUGCCCUGUGUUAGGAGAUAGGGAUAUUGGCCCCUCACUGCAGCUGCCAGCACUUGGUCAGUCACUCUCAGCCAUAGCACUUUGUUCACUGUCCUGUGUCAGAGCACUGAGCUCCACCCUUUUCUGAGAGUUAUUACAGCCAGAAAGUGUGGGCUGAAGAUGGUUGGUUUCAUGUUUUUGUAUUAUGUAUCUUUUUGUAUGGUAAAGACUAUAUUUUGUACUUAACCAGAUAUAUUUUUACCCCAGAUGGGGAUAUUCUUUGUAAAAAAUGAAAAUAAAGUUUUUUUAAUGGAAAAAAAAAA